CAAGUUUCGCGAAGUUAUUCUGCGUUCACCUUUAAUACAUGCAUAGUGUGUGAUAUUUGAUUGAUUCAAGUGUGUUUGUAUUAUACAAUGUCAAAGCAAAUGCUAAAUACAAAUUGCAACGUAGAAAUGUCAUUUUUGCUACCAGUGUCAUGUUGCGUGUUACACUUGCAUUUGUGAUUGCUCACAAUUGUCUUUGAAAGAUUUUAUUAGUUUGUAAUUGAAUAGCCAGAAAAUAUGUCAGACUUAGGUCGAUUCUUCCUUCUCGGGUACUUGUGCCUAAUUUUUGUAAAAUAUUGCAAUGGAGCGACAUCAGAUAUUGAAUUGGACGCAAAGGCACAAGCUCUACAUAUAUUAGAUAGUUUAAAUCUUUUAUUGUAUACAAUGUUAUUAAUUUUAACGGUAUUAACGAUAUGGACAUUUAAACAUCGCCGCUUAAGGUUCCUUCAUGAAACAGGUCUUGCUGUCAUUUACGGUCUUAUAGUAGGAGCAAUAAUCCGAUUUGGAUUCAAACCAAAUAGUAAAAAUUUAUCUAUGUAUGUUGACCCUAGCAGUCCAAAUAAUUAUCAUGAUACAGUGCCACCAGACACGUUAUGGUUGCACUUUCCCGAAGAUAAAGGCGGAGGCGUCAUAAAAAAUAAAACGUUUGCUUACAAUUUCCGCGGUGAAAUUUUCAAGCGGGGUAAUGAUAUUGACCUGAAGGCGACCUUCGACCCCGAGAUAUUUUUCAAUAUAAUCCUGCCUCCUAUUAUCUUCCACGCAGGUUACAGUUUAAAAAGGAAAUAUUUUUUUCGCAAUUUAGGAGCUAUUUUAACGUAUGCCCUAAUUGGUACGACCAUAUCGUCAUUCGUUAUUGGAAUUUUGAUGUACGGAUUUAUACAACUUAUACCGCAUUUGUCUACGUCUUUCACAUUUUUGGAUACUCUCUAUUUUGGAGCGUUAAUUUCUCCAACGGAUCCGUUGACAAUAAUUUCCAUCUUUAAUGAUUUACACGUCGACGUUAAUCUUUACGCUUUAGUAUUUGGUGAAAGCGUUUUGAAUGAUGCAGUUGCCAUUGUACUUAGCGGAUCCAUACAGCAUUAUCGGUCACAAUCUGUAUCGGGUGGAUUCGAAACUUUUGCUUUCUUCCGAGCUCUCGGCGAUUUCGUCGGGAUAUUUAGUUUAUCUCUAUUUAUCGGAGCUACCAUGGGAUGCAUCACAGCAUUACUUACAAAAUUUACAAGAGUUCGAGAUUUUCCGCUUUUGGAAUCGGCUUUAUUUGUUCUUAUGUCAUAUAGUACUUUCCUCAUUGCUGAAGCAUCAGAUCUUACUGGUGUGGUAGCUGUUUUAUUUUGUGGUAUAUGCCAAGCUCAUUAUACCUACAAUAAUCUCAGUCCAGAUUCUCGUCAAAGGACAAAACAGUUGUUUGAGUUACUCAAUUUUUUAGCAGAGAAUUUUAUAUUCAGUUACAUUGGUGUAUCGAUGUUCACGUUCCCGAAACACCGAUUCGAUCCAGGAUUCAGUUUUGCAGGAUUCUUUUGUGCCAUGUUAGGACGAGCAGUCAAUGUUUAUCCUCUCUCGUUCCUAAUGAAUUUGGCGAGAAAGCCUAAAAUUUCAUUAAACUAUCAGCACAUGCUGUUUUGUGCUGGUUUACGCGGUGCAAUGAGUUUCGCUCUGGCAAUUAGAAAUACAGUUUCAGAAGCCAGACAAGCUAUGCUAACCACCACUAGUCUCAUCGUCAUAUUGACGGUAAUUUUCCAAGGUGGAGCAACAACACAAUUUUUAAGCUGGUUUAAAAUACCAGUCGGUGUAGAUGAAGAAGUAGAAGGUUUAUCGCAUAAUGGCGUCAGGAGCAUGUACAAUACCGUGGACACUACUGAAUCCGGUGGCGAGGGUGGCUUUGGCGAUCUGGAUAUGCGACGGGAGAGAAGUCCCCCGUACAAUUCUAUGCAGGAUGGACCAUCAUCAACGCCUGGGUCAAAGCCAAAUGAAAAAGCUCUUCUUGCAAGAGUUUGGGGUAAUUUUGAUACCCGUUUUAUGAAACCAUUAUUGACGCAUUCGCGUCCUACGCUUCUUGAAACUUUACCAGUUUGCUGUGGUCCACUAGCUAGGAUUCUUACUACUACGCAACAAAUGACCCAGGAGGACUUGGGAAGAAGAGUGGAUUCAGAUUCAGAUCUCUGUCUUGAUGAUCGAGAGAUUGAAAGACGAAGAACAAAUAGUAUUCAACCGACAGAAGUAUGGAGUAGCAGAAAAGAAAAUGUAUAAUAGAAAGCGGGCUUUUGUUCUUUUUUAUCAGAAUUAUACUUCGUUUUGUGUUUUAGUGUUUGUCUACAAUAAUUACAAGAGUGACAACCUAUUCAAUUUUAUUUGAUUUUUAUAUAUGUACCAUUAAAUUACCUCUGUAUUUUGUACACUUAUUAUUUGUUGCUUGCUUUUAUUUUGAACAAUCAAAUGCAUACAGUUAUAAGAUAAAUAUUAGAGAAAAAAGAUGACGCAUGAUUUAUAUAAUAGUUUCUUUUCAGAAUAUCGUUAGUUUGUUAUCACGUAUUUUUUUUAAUGUACAGCAUUUAAUUAGUUUCGUGUCAAGCAAGCAGACUUAAAUCAGGUAGAUGGAUCAGUAUUAAAAAAAAUAUAUAUCCAAGCGUAGUUGCGAUAAAUACGGUACAUAUAUCUACUUUGGAACAAUGUUUUUAUUAGUUUUAGUGAAAAAUUUAUAAUUAUAUUAAUAUUUAAUUUAUUUAAUGCAUUAUAUUGUUUUUCUUAUUUUCUUUGUAAAUGCAGGUUAUUUUGAAAAUAACAGUUUUUAAAAGUUUUCAUGCAAAAAAUUUAAAAACUAUGAAUUCAUUCGUAUAUUUUAAAUAAGAUUUAAACUAAAUUGAAAUCUACUUGGACAAAUAAAUAAUAAAGAGUAUAAAGAUGAAGAUUAGAUUAAAUGAUAAUCUAAUCAUUUGAUUUUUAAGAAGAAACACAAUUAUAAUAAGUAUUAUAAAUUUAAUUAUUGGCAUAGAAAAAUUCGAUCAAAUGAUAAUUCACUUCAAAUAAAUUCUAGAUAUUAAAUUAAAAGAAAAAAUAUUUUUUGAAUAACAUUCUAAUUUUUCAAAAUAGUCUGCAUAUAAUUUUGAAAAACAUUAUGUUCAAUUCUUAAAAGAUAUUUUUGUUUUGAACCUUAUGUGUAUAUAAAUGAUUAUUCAUUAAUAAAGUAGGUUCUUUACAUAUUUAAUAAUUCAUGGAACAGCUGGAAACUGUGACAGGAGAAGUUGGUCUGGGACCACUACAACUACAUACACGCGUCGUCCUGCCAGGUUUCAUUGGCAGACACUUAUAAUUAUUGAUAAUCAUCUUUCAAAAAAAAAAAAAAUAUUCAAUGUAUAUUCUUUUAAAAUUAAGUUUAGAAUGCUAGAUAUUAAAACAAGUGUAUGAUAUAUUAUUUGUUUCGACCGUUCACUUAUAAAUUUAUCUUAAAUUUUGAUUUUGUUAACUGCGACAUUCGCCAAUGAAUAUAAGAUUUUUAAAAUUUUACCAAUUUACACAGUGUAUAUUCUACUACAACAAAAAAGAUUGAAAGUCGAUAAAACCAUGACAGUACAAUUUAAUAGCAAUACAUAUUUUUAAGGAAUUCUUUAAUCGCUUAUAUAAAAUUUGCAAAUUCAAACAGUUAUAAUUGCUGCGAGUUGUGUUUCUUAUCAAUUUCACGAUGUUUUCAAAAAGAAAACUUUUCUUUUGUUCAGGUUUUAAAAGAAUUUUUUUAUUUAGACUACAUGUUUCGACAAUCUUUAUUCUCAUCAGGUUUAUUUGGUUUUUCUUAUAUAAACAAAAUUUUACAAACAAUAAAAGAAACAAGGGGCGUAAAAUAAAUUUAAACAAUUACUUUUGCUUGUUUUAAUAUUUUGUCUUUCAUAUUUGACAAUGACUGUUGCAAAUGCAAGUUUAAUAUUUGUUUAAACUGGUUUUCUAAAUCACGUAUUUGGAAUUUUUAAAAACUAUUCACAUUUUUAACUAUAAAAUUGAUGUAUUUGAAUUUGUGUGCUAUAAUGUGAGAAGAACAUUAUUCAACUUAUAAAUACUUAAAACAUACAUGUACUCCUCGCAUUUAUUUAUUUUGCUUCUUUGAGAAUUUAACAUCACAAGUCAAGUCUUUCUUUUGCCGUAAAUUAACAUUUUCUGUUUCAAUUUUGGCUGUGAUUGUCUUAUGCAACUGUUAUUCAAUCAUAAUAAUAUGCAUUUGAAUUAUCAAAAUAUGUAUUCCACUAUAGAAAGGGAUUUUAAGGACCUCAUAUUAUUUCAUAAGUAAAAAUGAUGAUUCGUUGUAAAAUAACUUAUAAAUUAAUUUUUUUUAUUAUAAUGCCAAAAGGAGUUUGUACUCCUUGCAGCGAAUGUUUUUGUCAUAUACAUAGAUACAUGAACUAAUAUAUACAAAUAAUAUACUGUAAUCAUAAAUUAGCAAUAAUAUUGUGAUACACGAUAAUCGAUGCAGUGUUUAAUAAAAAUCUUUGUAAAUA